GCGCAAUAAAAUUUAAAAUUAUAUCUAUUUUGAUCCACGUCUCUAUCUCCACGAUAUAUCAUCCAUGCUGUUUGAUAAAACAUCAAAUUCCCUGAGUAAAAUUGAGAUCCCUUUUUUACAUAUUAUUCCUUCAAUGUUCGUUUACAACCAUAAAUUUAAUUAAUUAAUUAGUUUGAUUGAAAUAAAAAAUUCAAAAAGCGCGGGUCCCACUUCUCCCCCAAACGCAAAACCGUCUCACCCAGCCAUCGAAGACCUGACAAUGGAAUGGACAUUUUUUUUUUCCUUUUCUUCUGUUUCUUCUGCUAUAAGUAGCGCUCGCAGUUGGGGCGUUAUUAACGUCAAGUACAAAUUCGCCGGCAGUCAACGGUCUCUGUUUGACUUGAAAGACCACGACAGUCGCCGUCAACUUCGAAUUCUCGCUGGUGUUGAUCUCCCCUUGGGCGGUUCCGGUCGACCCGAUGGACUUGGGCUAUAUUAUGCAAAAAUAGGGAUAGGAACACCUCCGAAGGAUUACUAUUUGCAAGUAGAUACGGGAAGUGAUUUAAUGUGGGUUAAUUGUAUUCAAUGUAAAGAAUGCCCCAAAAGAAGCUCCCUUGGUAUAGAUCUUACUUUGUACGAUAUUAAGGACUCUGCCACUGGCCAGUUGGUUUCAUGUGAUCAAGAGUUCUGUCAUGCCAUAAAUGGAGGUCCAUUGGCUACUUGUACGGCUAAUAUGUCUUGUCCAUAUCUUGAGAUAUAUGGAGAUGGGAGUUCCACUGCAGGAUACUUUAUAAAAGACAUUGUACUGUAUGAUCGAGUGUCUGGCGAUCUUGAAACCUCAUCUGCAAAUGGAAGUGUUAUAUUUGGGUGUGGUACUACACAAUCAGGGAAUCUAGAUUCAUCUAAUGAAGAAGCACUUGAUGGAAUACUUGGCUUUGGAAAAUCUAAUUCAUCAAUGAUUUCCCAGCUUGCUUCAUCUGGAAAAGUGAAAAAGAUGUUUGCUCACUGCUUAGAUGGGGUUAAUGGAGGUGGUAUCUUUGCUAUCGGGCAUGUUGUGCAACCAAAAGUUAACAUGACUCCCUUGGUACCAAAUCAGCCACAUUACAAUGUCAAUAUGACGGCAGUUCAAGUUGGUCUUGAUUUCCUAAACUUUACAACAGAUGUUUUCGAGUCAGGAGACCGAAAAGGGACAAUAAUUGACAGUGGAACUACCUUGGCAUAUCUCCCAGAUAUGAUUUAUGAGCCAUUAGUAAAUAAGAUACUUUCUCAGCAGCCUAAUUUGAAGCUUCAAACUGUUCAUGAUGAUUAUACAUGUUUUCAGUAUUCUGAAAGUCUUGAUGAGACAUUUCCAAAUGUCACUUUCCAUUUUGAAAAUUCAGUUAUUCUGAAGGUUUAUCCACAUGAGUACCUAUUCCCCUUUGGUGGAUUCAUGCAGAAUGGUUUGUGGUGCAUCGGAUGGCAAAACAGCGGAAUGCAAUCCAGGGAUCAAAAGAAUAUCACCCUCUUAGGAGAUUUGGUGCUUUCAAACAAGCUCGUUGUGUAUGAUUUGGAAAAUCAGACCAUUGGAUGGACUGAGUACAAUUGCUCUUCAAGCAUACAAGUGCUGGAUGAACGGACUGGAACAGUGCAUUUAGUAGGUUCCCACUAUAUUUCUUCCGCUUGCCAUUUGAAUGCCCAGUUUAUCAUGAUUUGGUUUUUGUUAGCUACGUUACUACACUAUUCAAACUGCUGAUAUUCGAUAGACGAUACAAAAUACUAACAGUCAAUUAAGUUAUAGAAAUCAAAUAUAAAAUUGAAAUCAAGAUAUUCAUCAUCUUGAUAUGUAGUUUGUUGAAUAAUUAACAUUACAUGAUAGAAUACUUGACAUGACUUGUACAUGUAUCUCCAAAGCAAGCACAGCAACAAACUGGGACAAGGACCUUGUAAUAGAUUGUAACCCUCACAAUUUGUGCAUUCAUAUCAUGCGAAACAUUGAUGAUUCAUGUAUUCGUAUUGUGUUUUAUAUAAAAGUUAUGUGUUAUGCUUUAUGUCGAUAAAGAAAAUAUGAAAUUAUUUUUUUUGUUUUUAUUAAAUCCAUAUUAUUCCUUAGUAUUGAAUCUGUGG